CCCGCUUAUGUCUCUACAUCAUACACGUAACCGCAUACUUCGCAGCGCGCCGCCCUACACUUGCUAGUAUCCGCCGACAACGUUCGAGACCUCUUCGUUACCCUCUCUGGCCUUGCGCUAGCAGCGUCCAUCAUGGCCACUCCGCCGACCCUUUUACCUGGCAUGGCCUACAUCCACGUCUCCACCAACGAGCCAUCAGCAGUCACGUCGGUGAAGCAUCAGCAAUGGACACUGCACCACGUUGGACCGGUUGGAGAGCUACAAGGAGAGCACCUGUUCGAGGUCCGUCAGCCCGGAGGCACAGUCAUGGAGCGGUCAGGUCUAGACGAGCCGGCUCUGUUGCAGAAAAUCAAGGAUGACACCGGACUCAAAGGCGUCAAAAUGGUAGAGAUGAAGCAGAGGGUCAAGAGGGAUGAGUUCUGAGAGGGACGUAUACGAGUAGCCGGGGAUUGCCAGCUAUGUCGCACUGCCGGACAUCUACCCUGCCCGCUUUCGAGCUGAAGAUUAGGCGAAACAUGUGAAUGACGACCAGAUACUCGGAUACUCCACCUGGAAUUUAGUUGACAUUGACUGCUAUUGGUGCCCGGAGAGCUACUGGGAUGACAAGCAGCUGCUGAAGAUGGCACCCAUGUAGCACACCGACAAAGAAUGAUUUAUGCUGCCGAGAUGUAUAGGCACCUGUGCAGAAUUUCUCAUUGUACGAUAGAACAUCAUGCGAGGACGCGGAGAUGAAGUUCUUUGACAAGC